UAUCAGCUCGCAUCAAAACUGAGUUGCGUAUAUUUUUAUUGUUUAAGGAGCGGGAUAUUCUAAAUAUUUAUCAAAUAUUUAUGUAAUGAAAGAGAGGAAUUAUGGAUAAUACAACAGAAAAUGCAGAAGAUUUGGAUAAUGAAUGUCCGACAAAACAAACAAAAAAUAUGUCUUUCCAGACUGCUUUUAGCAACUUGAAGAAAUCUGAGUUUUUCACGGAUUUGCCAGCUUCUAAGCCUGAAACUUCUGUGGCAAUAUCUUCAAGUAGAACUAGCAAUGUCCUUGUCAGUCCAAAGCAAAAAGGCAAUCCCUUACUGAAGUUUAUAACAAAUGUAUUAUGGGAAUAUUCCGACAUUGUGCCAGAUUAUGUAAUGGGAAAAACUACAUGUGCUCUUUUCUUAUCAAUUCGUUAUCAUCAACUGAAUCCUGAUUAUAUUCAUGAAAGACUUAAGUUGUUGGGCAAUGCUUAUAACUUACGAGUGCUUUUAGUACAGAUUGAUGUCGCCGAGCCUCAUCAUGCUUUGAAACAUUUAACAAGGAUUUCCAUUUUGGCAGACUUGACAAUAAUGUUAGCAUGGAAUGCAGAGGAUGCAGGAAAAAUUAUUGAAACUUACAAAAUAUAUGAAAACAAACCUCCUGAUAAUAUCAUGGAACGCAGCGAAACAGCGCCUUAUCAAAAAUUGGUCAAUGCCUUAACGACAGUAAGAUCUGUCAACAAAACUGAUGCAACAACUCUUCUAACAACUUUUGGCACAUUAGCUAACAUUGUAAGAGCACAACCCAAUACUUUAACCUUAUGUCCUGGAUUUGGUCUACAUAAAGCUCAAAAGCUUCAUAAAGUUUUGCAUGAAUCUUUUCUAUGCACAACAAAACUCUCUACAAAAAAAUAAAAUUUUCCAGUACAUGUA